GUCCGGGGAGUAAAGAAGGCCGUGAUGGCUCGAGUGGAUGGCACAGCCCAGAAGAUUCAAAGUAAACCAGCUUGGAAACAAGUUCAGAUAGGGGAGUCAGUUAGGAGCCAGCCUUUGGCUGGAAAAUCUUUCUACUUGGACCUUCCCAGUGGCAAGAACCUGGAGUUUCUGGUGAAGCAUGUGAAACGACUUGGCGGGGUUGUGGAGAGUUUUCUCAGUAAAGAAGUGACGUGUGUUGUCUCUAAUAGUCAAGAAGCCAGAAAGGAGAGAUGGGGAAAAAAGCAAACUGCUGCUGUCUUAAGGGAUACCCGAGCAGGAAGACAUACCACUGUGGGACUUGAAAGAAGAUAUAAGGAUCCCUUGUGCAAGCCAGCAGAUGCUAUAAGAGAUACUAUCCUGGUCACCCGUGGGAGGGAGCUGUUGCAGAAGGCUAUCAGGAGUCAGAGUAAACCUUGUGGCAGCAACAGCAUCCUUGCCAGUGCACGAUCCUGGGGAGUACAGAUUAUGCAUGCAGAUGAAAUGUUCGCGUACAUACAAUGGCAGGAAGAGAGGCAUCAUUCCACAAGACAGGUUGGUGGAGCGGGGAGUGCCGUUUAA